GUCGCUGUUGUCGCCUUAACCAACGUCAAUGUCCGCCUUCAGUUGCAUUUUGCCAGCGGUUUCGUGACAAAGCUCCACGCGGUUUGCACCACUCCCGUAUCGAACCCCGUGCAAAGCCACAUUUUCCGCACAAACAUAAGUAGUUUUGUUUGUUUUGUUUGUUUUUUUUGAGUGAGUGAUCGAUCAAGGAAAUUAACUAUUAAGCAGAACCCAUACUAAAGAAGAUGGGCCAAGAGGAUCAGGAGUUGUUGAUACGCGGAGGUAGCAAGAAUACCUCUGCCGAACACUUGAACAACCAGGGGGACGGCGGCGGAGGUUCCUCGCAGAGCUGCAUUAGCCAGGGAUUUGGCCAGACCAAGAACUACGGCACCCUAAGGCCACCAACGCCGCCGGAUGGUUCGGUCAGCGGGCAACAGCCGGAGAAUCUCACCUAUGCCUGGCACAAUCUGGACAUCUUCGGGGCCGUCAAUCAGCCCGGCUCCGGCUGGCGACAGUUGGUCAAUCGGACGCGAGGACUCUUCUGCAACGAGCGACACAUCCCAGCGCCACGGAAGCAUCUGCUGAAGAAUGUCUGCGGCGUGGCCUAUCCGGGAGAACUGCUGGCCGUAAUGGGCAGCUCUGGGGCCGGCAAGACAACGCUCCUGAAUGCCCUGGCCUUCCGCUCACCGCAGGGUAUCCAAGUGUCGCCGUCGGGUAUGCGGAUGCUGAAUGGCCAACCCGUGGAUGCCAAGGAGAUGCAGGCCCGUUGCGCCUAUGUCCAGCAGGACGAUCUCUUCAUUGGCUCGCUGACGGCCCGCGAGCAUCUCAUCUUCCAGGCCAUGGUGCGGAUGCCGCGGCAGCUCAGCUACCGACAGCGGGUGGCCCGCGUGGACCAGGUCAUUCAGGAGCUAUCGCUCAGCAAAUGCCAGAACACGAUCAUCGGGGUGCCCGGUCGGGUCAAGGGGCUGUCGGGGGGUGAGCGCAAGCGUCUAGCCUUCGCCUCGGAGGCUCUGACCGAUCCACCGCUCCUCAUCUGCGAUGAGCCCACCUCCGGCCUGGACUCCUUCACCGCUCACAGUGUCGUCCAGGUGCUGAAGAAGCUGUCGCAGAAGGGCAAGACCGUUAUACUGACCAUACAUCAGCCCUCGUCGGAGCUCUUCGAGCUUUUCGACAAGAUCCUGCUAAUGGCCGAGGGUCGGGUGGCCUUCCUCGGGACACCCAGCGAGGCCGUGGACUUCUUCUCCUAUGUUGGGGCCCAGUGUCCGACUAAUUACAAUCCGGCGGACUUCUACGUUCAGGUCCUGGCCGUUGUACCAGGCCGCGAGGCUGAGUCCAGAGAGAGGAUUGCCAAGAUAUGCGAUAACUUUGCCGUCAGCAAAGUGGCCCGGGAAAUGGAGCAGCUGCUGGCUACCAAGAAUCUCGAGCAGCCCCUGGAGCAGCCCGAAAAUGGUUAUACGUACAAGGCCACCUGGUUUAUGCAGUUCCGGGCAGUGCUCUGGCGUUCCUGGCUAUCCGUGCUGAAGGAACCGUUGCUGGUCAAAGUACGACUCAUUCAGACAACGAUGGUGGCCAUCCUGAUUGGCCUGAUCUUUCUGGGCCAGCAGCUUACGCAGGUGGGCGUAAUGAACAUCAAUGGGGCCAUCUUCCUGUUCCUCACCAACAUGACCUUCCAGAAUGUUUUCGCCACUAUCAAUGUUUUCACAUCGGAGCUGCCGGUAUUUAUGAGAGAAGCCCGAAGUCGUCUGUACAGAUGUGACACGUACUUCUUGGGCAAGACCAUAGCAGAGCUGCCGUUGUUCCUCACCGUUCCCUUGGUAUUCACUGCAAUUGCCUAUCCAAUGAUUGGACUCAGGCCGGGUGUGAUGCACUUCUUCAACUGCCUGGCACUGGUGACAUUGGUGGCCAAUGUGUCAACAUCGUUCGGAUAUCUGAUAUCCUGUGCCAGCUCCUCCACCUCGAUGGCCCUGUCGGUGGGCCCACCCGUCAUUAUCCCGUUCCUGCUGUUCGGUGGGUUCUUUUUGAAUUCCGGGUCGGUGCCCGUCUAUCUGAAGUGGCUGUCGUAUCUGUCCUGGUUCCGGUACGCCAACGAGGGGCUGCUCAUCAACCAGUGGGCGGAUGUGGAGGCAGGUGAAAUCAGUUGCACCUCCUCGAACACGACGUGCCCCAGCUCCGGCAAGGUCAUCCUAGAGACCCUAAACUUCUCGGCUGAGGAUUUGCCCCUGGAUUACGUGGGACUGGGCAUCUUAAUUGUUAGCUUUAGGGUAUUGGCUUAUCUGGCACUGAGACUCAGGGCCAGACGCAAGGAGUAGAGUCUGCCGAUGAUCAAUCAUAGUUAAUGCGGUUUUUUGUAUGAGUACUCGUACGUGUCGUGUGUGUAAUUAUUAUUAUUAUAAUUAUUAUUGUGUCUAUUGUUUGGCUUCCGCCCCAACCACCACCCCACAAAACAACUACAUUUACUGUUACUAAGCUUGAAAUGCUUGAGAAUAAAACAUGCUUUUUUACUUCAA